AUGAAGCUUGAUACUUCCCAUAUGCGGUAUCUUACCGCUGAUGACUUUAGAGUUCUUCAAGCUAUUGAGCAAGGGUCUCGUAAUCAUGAGUUAGUUCCUACACAAAUGAUCCAUUCCAUUGGUGGAUUGAAGUCACCAUCGGGAACGAAUAGAGCAAUUGGAGAUUUAGCCAAAUUGAAGUUGGUAUCAAGAUUAAGAAAUGCUAAGUAUGAUGGUUUUAGACUUACCUAUAAUGGGUACGAUUAUUUGGCAUUGAAAUCAAUGUUAAAUAGGAAUACGUUAUAUUCGGUUGGUAGCAUAAUUGGUGUGGGUAAAGAGUCUGAUAUUUAUUCAGUGAGUGAUACAGAUGGGAAACAGAAAGUGUUGAAAAUCCAUAGGUUAGGAAGAACUUCAUUUACAACUGUGAAGAAUAAUCGUGAUUAUUUAAGAAAUAGACAGUCAUCCAACUGGAUGUAUUUAUCACGCUUAGCUGCCAACAAAGAGUUUGAGUUUAUGGUUAUAUUAUACGAUAAUGGGUUUUCAGUUCCACAACCAUUUGAUUAUUCUAGACAUACGGUAAUGAUGGAAUGGAUCAAAGGUAUACCAAUGAAGCAUUUACGUAAACACGAUAAUUUCAAGAGGUUAUAUUCUGAUUUAAUGAACUUUAUCGUAAAGCUUGCUAACCACGGGUUAAUUCAUUGUGAUUUUAAUGAAUUCAAUAUUAUUAUACGUGACAAAGAAGAUGCUUCUAAGCAUGAAUUUGACUUUGUUGUUAUCGAUUUCCCGCAAUGUGUUUCUAUCGACCAUACGGAUGCCAAAGUCUACUUUGAUAGAGACGUUGCAAGCAUAAAAUCUUUCUUUCUGAAGAAAUUUAGGUAUGAACCUGAACACGAUCCGACCAUGUUUGAUACGGAAGGUUAUGGUGAUGGAUAUAAAUAUGCUUAUCCAAAUUUCAAGAGAGAUGUUUCUAGGGUAAAGAGUUUAGAUGUCGAAGUUCAGGCUUCUGGAUACGCUAGAAAGAGAACUGGGAACAGAGAAGAUAAAGAUUUAGAAGCAGCUGUCCUGGGAAUGAGAAUCAAUGUAGAAGAUGAAGAAGAGGAAGAAGAUGAUCGCUCUGAAAUAGACUCUGAUUAUGAACAAGAUGAAGAAACUGAAGAUAGCAUAGAAGAAUACGAAAGUGAAGAAGAGCUUAAAGAUGAUGAGGAGGAGGACGAGCAAAUCAUUGAAGCCUUAUCCAGUGGUGUUAAACAGUUAAAAAUGGAUAAAUUGGGAAACUAUAUCUUGGAUGAAUAA